UUUGCCGACAAGUUGGACAUCUUGUUUAUUAUCCUGGGGACGAUAUCAGCGAUCGGGCUGGGCAUUUCCCUGCCCCUCAUGAUCAUUGUGUUCGGGGACACGCUGGACGGAUUCGUGAAGGGGGCGCUCGCGGGAACGAAUCUGACCGAGGGCGCGUUCGUGAACGUGUCGGAGAUCAGUGGGAUUGAUGUGAACAUGCUACAAGGCAUUGACAUAGAGGGGCAGAUGACAACGUAUGCCUACUACUACGUGGCCAUCGCCUGUGGCGCGUUCGUGUGUGCGUACGGACAGGUGGCCUUCUGGACCCUGUCAGCUACAAGACAGGUGAACCGCAUCCGGACCAAGUUCUUCCGUGCGAUCAUGCGACAGGACGUCGGCUGGCACGACACUCAUGCCACUGGGGAGUUCAGCACCAGGCUGGCUGAUGAUGUGAACAAGAUCAACGAGGGUAUCUCAGACAAGUGCGGGAUCUUCCUGCAGUGGUUCACCGCCUUCAUCGCUGGGUUUGUCAUCGGGUUUAUCUACGGCUGGAAGAUGGCUCUGGUCAUCAUGGCAGUCAGCCCACUGCUGGGGAUAGUGGCCUUCCUUAUGACUAAGAUGGCCUCUGCCUUUACCGAGGAUGAACAGGCAGCCUACGCCAAGGCCGGAGGUGUGGCCGAGGAGGUUCUGUCCUCCAUGAGAACAGUCGCUGCUUUUGGAGGGGAGAAGAAGGAAGAGAAAAGGUACAACGCCCAUCUGGUUGAUGCCAUGCGCAUGGGUGUGAAGAAAGCCAUCUCUGCCGGCGCGGGAAUGGGCGUGACGUUCCUGGUGAUGUUCGGCGUGUACGCGCUGGCCUUCUGGUACGGGUCCGACCGCGUCCGUGCAGGGGAGUACACUCCGGGAGGAUUCCUCAUCACGUUCUUCUGUGUUGUGAUUGGUGCCAUGUCCCUGGGACAGGCUGCUCCCAACAUCGAAUCUUUCGCUAAAGCUAAGGGAGCCGCAGCGUUUGUGUAUGGAGUCAUAGACAAUGAGCCGGUGAUUGACAGCAUGUCGGAGGAAGGUCAUCGGCCGGACAGUCUGAAGGGCAACAUCGAGUUUAAAGAUGUCCACUUCACCUACCCUGCUCGCGCUGAUGUGCCUGUACUGCAGGGCCUGAGUCUGAAGGCAGAUGUAGGACAGACAGUCGCGCUGGUCGGCUCCAGCGGCUGUGGGAAAAGCACCACUGUCCAGCUGAUACAGCGCUUCUACGACCCACAGGAGGGGGUGAUUGAGUUGGAUGGACAGGACAUCCGCUCCCUGAACAUCCAGUGGCUGAGGCAGCACAUCGGUGUGGUGAGUCAGGAGCCCAUUCUGUUUGCCACCACCAUCGCUGAGAACAUCAGGUAUGGUCGUGAGGAUGUGACCCAGGCUGAACUUGAGAAGGCUGCUCAGGAGGCCAACGCACAUGACUUCAUCUCUAAACUGCCACAGAAAUACGAGACCCUGGUAGGAGAGCGAGGUGCCCAGUUAUCAGGAGGACAGAAACAGAGAAUCGCGAUCGCCCGGGCUCUCGUGCGGGAUCCACGAAUCCUGCUACUGGAUGAAGCCACGUCUGCACUGGACACUGAGAGUGAGGCUACAGUUCAGGCUGCUCUGGAUAAGGCACGUAUGGGAAGGACCACCCUCGUGGUUGCUCACCGACUCUCCACCAUCAAGACUGCAGACAUCAUCGUUGGGUUCGAGAACGGGGUAGCCGUAGAACAGGGGACUCACGAUCAACUGAUGGCACAGAAGGGGGUCUACUACACACUGGUCACCACACAGACUUUUGCUACUGAAGAUGAAGAGGAUAAGGAUUCUGAAGAAGAUGGAGAAGUCUAUGCAGAAGAAGACAUGAUGUCAGAGGACCUUAUGAAGAAGUCCAGCAUGCAUCUGACCCGACAGACAUCAGCCAAGAAGCUGGAGCGAACCAUGUCAACUGUGUCUCGCAAGAGUGAGAAAGAGGCAGAAGAGGAGGAGGAGGUUGAGGACCCAGACAUGAAGCGCGUGAUGAAGCUGAAUGCGGCUGAGUGGCCGUACAUCCUUGUCGGGACCUUCUGUGCUGCCAUCAACGGAGCCGUCAACCCCUGCUUCGCUAUCCUGUUUGCUGAAGUCCUGGGGGCGUUUGGAAUAGCCGACCCAGUAGAGCAGGAGAAGAAGACGACUCUGUACGCUCUGCUGUUCCUGGCCAUCGGGGGAGGGUCCAUGAUCACUAUGUUCCUCCAGGGCUACUGUUACGGCAAGUCUGGAGAAAUGCUGACUAUGAGACUGAGGCAGAUGGGCUUCAGUGCUCUACUUAGACAGGAAAUUGGGUACUUUGAUGACCACAAGAACAACACGGGAGCGUUGACUACAAGAUUGGCUGUACAGGCUUCACAGGUCCAGGGGGCCACGGGCGCUCGGCUUGGCACAAUUGUCCAGAACAUCUUUAACCUGGGUGUAGCGGUUAUCCUGGCCUUUAUCUACGGCUGGCAGCUGACCCUGCUCUGUCUGGCCUUCGUGCCCUUUAUGAUAUUCGCAGGCUUCCUGCAGAUGAGGAUGUUGGCAGGAUAUUCCAGCGAGGAGAAGAAGGCUGUGGAGGAUGCUGGGAAGACUGCUGUAGAAGCUGUAGAAAACAUCCGCACGGUGGCCUCCCUCAGUCUGGAGCAGAAGUUCUGCACCCUGUACGCAGACAAGCUGAAGGGGCCGUACCAGCAGUCACAGAAGAAGGCCCACAUCACGGGACUUGGCUUCGCCUUCUCACAGUGCAUCAUCUACUUCGCCUACGCCGCCAUUUUCCGUUUUGGGGCCUGGCUGGUCGCGAACGGACACAUGAACUUCAGAGAUGUGUUCCUUGUACUAGGUGCCAUCAUCUUUGGAGCUAUGGCUAUCGGACAGGCUAGCUCUUUUGCCCCAGACUAUGCCAAGGCAAAAUCCUCGGCCACCCGAAUGUUCCAACUGUUCGACAGAGAGCCGGCGAUUGAUAGCUCUAGCGAGGAAGGGGACAAACCCCAAAGCUGUGAGGGAGAGGUCCAGUUCCGAGACGUGCAGUUUGCAUACCCGACCCGAGACAAAGUCACGGUGCUGAAGCAGUUCAGCACGUCGGUACGGCCGGGAGAGACCCUGGCCCUGGUGGGCAGCAGCGGCUGUGGGAAAAGCACCUCUGUACAGCUGCUCGAGAGGUUCUAUGACGCUCUCGCUGGCAAUGUGAUGAUUGACGGCAAGGACAUCCGCACCCUGAACAUCCAGUGGCUGCGGAAGCAGAUGGGCAUCGUGUCGCAGGAGCCCAUACUCUUCAACACAACGAUUCGGGAUAAUAUUGCGUACGGGGACAACGAGAGGGAGGUGACACAGGCCGAGAUCGAGGCAGCCGCCCAGGCCGCGAACAUUCACAACUUUAUCAUCAGCCUGCCGGAGGGUUAUGAGACGAACACAGGAGAGAAGGGUACGCAGCUCUCGGGAGGACAGAAGCAGAGGAUCGCCAUCGCUCGCGCUCUGGUGCGCAAUCCCAAGAUCCUCCUCUUGGACGAAGCUACGUCUGCCCUGGACACUGAGAGUGAAAAGGUUGUGCAAGAGGCCCUUGACCGGGCGCGGGAGGGCAGAACGAGCAUCGUCAUCGCACACCGACUCUCCACCAUCUUCAACGCCGACAAGAUUGCUGUGAUUCACCACGGGAAAGUGCAGGAGAUCGGCAAGCACCAGGAACUACUGGCUAACAAGGGGCUGUACUAUAAACUGGUUAACGCACAGAUGAAACAGACCUAGAAACCUGCUCUUCUACAGCACGUCGGCAGAAUGUAUUGCACCUGCGCGAAACCCGUAAUGUAUUGUGCAUAGCACUUUGGCAGAACGUCUCAUAUAACUUGUAUUUGCUCAUAUAAGGGUAGCAUUAGGAAAGUAGUUUUCAAAUGUUAUGUCGGAAAAGAUAUCGUCUGCAACAGGCAAAAUUCUGAUGCAACGUUGACCAAAACUUCAACGAAAACUGCCUAAAUCCAGGGUUCUGCGCAGGCGCAGUAUGUUCUGCAAACGGGCUCUCUUUUACUGCUUUAUAUAGGGACUGUUUUUACAUAGCCCUGUACUUUUUCUUAAGGGUACAGAGCUCAAAGUUUCAUCUCUCUGCAGUCAACGCACAGAUGGCACAGACCUAAAACUCUGCUCUUUUACUGCUUUAUAUAAGAUGCAGGCUAUAACUUAAGGUUUUGAAAAUAAAACCAAACAGGCUCGUCAUAUUUAACACAUUCACAGAAUUCAAUCAGAAACAUUUUAGAUUUAAAUGGUGCAAACUCCAAUAACUUCAAACAAAACCUAACCAAUAAUAUGCUUUAUUGAACUGCACAAUCACUGGGAAAAUUGUAUCCCUAAGAUUUUUAAGUGUGUAUGUUAAAAGCCAUUCUUGUCUUGUUGAAGUUCACGCAUUUUCUACUGUCAUAUCUCUACAUGUACUUCUUCUAACAUGUACUUUGUACAGUAUAUAUAAGGUUUUGUAUGCUGCCAACUGUCUACUGAUGUUGUACGAAAGGUUGUGACAAGCUGCUACAAUACUGUAAGACAUUAUCCAUAUCUUUUGAGCUGAUGACAUUAAUGGUUGUGGUACUAAUUACCAUUUUUUGAGAUUUUGAUAUAUUUUGGUCUUAUAUUGUUGUACAUGAAACAACAUCAUAGCACUACUAUGGAAAGUACUUAACCAAAGUAUUUUAUGUAUUUUGUGUACUUAUAGUCAAUAGAACUUCUGAAUUAGUUUGUGUCUUUCUCUAACUGUAUUAAAAUGACUCUAAUCUUGAGGUCUUUUCUGUUCUAAUGAUGUUAAAUUUCUACGUGUGUACAUGUAUAUAUAUCUAUAUAUAGGAAACUCAGGCAAUCACAAUUACCAAUUGUAUAAACUUAAAGGUGCCUUUUUCCAUGAUCUUGGAAGGGUAAAAAAAAUUCUGGAAAUUUUAAAGUUGUCCUUGAAAAAGCUUCUCUUGAUACAUUACUUAUCACAACUGUUAAGAAUCGAUUGAAGAAAACGUUGCAUCAUAAUGACAUACAAAUCAGCCAUACUAAUCCUAUUCCAGAAAUGGGACAAGUUUAAUAAUAAGUAUUUAUUUGUGUGGAUAUAUACUGUAGCAAACAGGGUAGAGCAGAAGAAUUUGGGGGAGUUCAAAUGCACAAGUAUUAGUUACAGUAUCUACAAUUGUUAACCAUUUUUCAUUUUCAAUAUAGUUGAACAUCAUUGUGUAUGUCAUAUAUGUCAGUCUCUGAAGACUAUGACUAUGAACAUCAUAGACUCUAUAUAGACUCUAUAGACUCUGUGUUUGGGUUUGAGAUGGUUUUGCUGAAGAUGAUAUUUCAGGUUAUUAAAAAAUCUUUCUGUGUAAUUAUAAUAUGCAAGAAUUAUAUUGUACAUGAUACCGGUGUUCCCUCUGUAAAUAUUUGUUUCUCUGUUUGAUUUUCAAAUCAAAGGGAAUUGAUAGAAUGGUGAAGAAACAUUUGUACAAUGUUUGUGAAAGAAAAAUUUUAUGUGUUUGAGGUCACUAUCUAGUGUAGCUGAGUGAUGAAAACGAUUCUCUUUAUACUUUCAAUGACAUAUACAUUAAUGCUUUGUAAUAUACAGAGUGAUAACAAGAGUGUUCUGAAGAUUAUUAUGAA